AUGGAGUUUGAAUUCAUUGAAGAUGUCCAUAAGAAGCAGUAUUUGAAAUCAUUGUUUGUGGAGUCCUUUUAUGAACCGAACUGUGAUAAUAAGCCGAAUGUUUCCAUCAAGCCGAUUUACUUUUGGCCUGGUCAGCGUAUUGACCUUCGAUGUGUAAUGUGUCGUCGAGCGUUUACUUUUAAUGGGUUAAUAAAGCACUGGUGGUUUAUGCCAGCGAAGGACGUUGAGGAUGCACUGGGAGAUAUGAAAAACCUAAAAAAUUCACCUAAGUGGAAUCAGCAUUUGCUGACGUUAAGUGCCGAUUAUGGGGAGAACAGAUGGCGUGAUUUUGGCGCAAUGCCUAGCGACUUCGGAACUGGGACAAAUCCACGAUCACAGACCAUACUCAUACAGAGAAGAGGGAUGCUAAUCUUGUUACAGCCAACUUCCGAGAAUGAAGGCCUGUAUCGUUGCUUGGAUGUAGCCUCCAGAAAUGUCUUACACUUCAUUUACUAUUUGAUUGCCAUGCAACCUCUUUUCAUUUAUCUUAAGCCUGGUGAUGAACAAAUUUCUCAGAUUGAAACUGAAUGUCCGGAAUCACAAGGUUUUCCUGAUUCAAACUGGAAAUUUCGUCAUAUUCCUCCUACAUAUAUACGUGAUGCAUUUGGGAUGUGCACUAUGAAUUGGACAUCGUGUCUCGACUGGGUAGUGAGUGAUAAAAAUAUGAACGAGGAGAUCAGCUGGAAUUUGCACGGACAUUCGAUAGAUGCCAAACUGGCAGAAAAGUAUGUAAAUUUGAAAAUUCAAUUGCAGUGGAGUGAAUGGUCAUCGUGCGAGCAAGGUACCACAGUAAGAACUAGAGAAGGCCACUGUUACUUAAGAAAGAUAGAUCCAAGUAAAGAUAUCGGUCAGUUAGUAGAAGGUGUAUUUGCUGCUUAUGAUCUAUUCAACUGGGUGACAAAGUUGAAGAAUCAUAUGUCAAAAAUCCCCGAAUUCACCAUUACUGGCAUACGUCUUUAUAGUGCGUUAGUAUCAAAACUGAUUCAUGAAGGCGCCUUCGGUGAUGACAAAACAUAUGACGAUUGUUACAGUAUGGCAGAUAUGUUCUUUAAGAAACCAAAAGCAACGAAACGCUGGAUCUCUGCUAUUUUCUCAGCAUUUGGAAUUGAUAAUGUUGAAUCAAUGUUAAAGAUCAGUAAUCGAUUAUGCCUGUAUUACUAUAGUAAACCGACGAUACGAGUAGAUAAAACACCAGCUAGCGUAUUCGUUGGUACCCAUCUUGUGGAUACCCAAAGGUGUCCAAUUCUUUAA